AUGGUGUUUUAUUGCAGGUGUAAGACUAUAACCCAUGGUGUUUUAUUGCAGGUGUAAGACUAUAACCCAUGGUGUUUUAUUGCAGGUGUAAGACUAUAACCCAUGGUGUUUUAUUGCAGGUGUAAUACUAUAACCUAUGGUGUUUUAUUGCAGGUGUAAGACUAUAACCCAUGGUGUUUUAUUGCAGGUGUAAGACUAUAACCCAUGGUGUUUUAUUGCAGGUGUAAGAUUUGUGAAAAAAGUUUUGCCCAAUCAGGAAUCCUUCAGACACAUAUGGCAAUGCAUCUCGACCAGAAAGACUUCCUAUGUGAGCACUGUGGGAAGUCUUUUAGGCAGAAAUCUCAGUUGAGGAUACACAUGCUGAGACAUGAUGGUGUUCGCAACUACCUCUGCCUGUCUUGUCCAGCAAGAUUUCUCACUAAAGGAGACUUGGAAAGACAUAACCGAGUUCACACAGGAGAACGUCCAUAUGUCUGCACGCUUUGUGGAAAAACUAUGACACGUCAGCAACAUCUUAACGAACACAUGAAUCGACAUUAUGGCUUAAGACCAUACGAAUGUAAUUAUUGUGGAAAAAAGUUUGCAGAGAUGUCAGGAUGCUACAAGCAUAUCAAGACACAUGAACGAACACAAGCACAGCAAGAUAAAAUGAAUGAGGUACAGCAGUACAGUAAUACUCAGGAACAAACAGAAUUUGUCUCGCUGCACAAUCAAAAUGAAUCUCAGUCUCACCCUUUACGGUUGGAGGGAGUUGUCGUAAGUCAGGCGGAUUUUGGACCACCCGAUGUGACCGUAUUCGUUCACUCGGGGGAUCAACCACUGGAGCUGGGUAGCGAAAUGACUGUCGUAGAACAAGAGUCUAAAGAUGGCUCAUCGGCAGUCAUUCCUUCUUCUAAUGAUGACAGCAUCACAACAGCUUUGGCGGAACACAUAACAGACUUUGCUGCCAUCAACCUCCUUGCUAAUGCCUCAAGUUUUCAACAAACAUUUUGACUGAGUAUUGCUUGUAUAAAUUUUGUAUUAACAGAUUCCAUGUAUAAACUAAAAACUAUAUACUUCUGAAAUCACUGUAUAGCUGUGUGUGUGUAUAUAUAUAUAUAUAAUAAACUCAUUUUAGUAAAAAAUUAAUAGAAUCUUAAUGCAGGAAUUGGCUUUGCAAGGCACUCAUCAAUUUACCCCUGGUGGCUCAGCGGUAAGUGUGGGGUCUUAUAAC